AUGAAGGCAUCUGGAUUGCGCAGUAAGAAAAAGGGUUUUUGCGGAAGCAUUCAUCGACACUACUACCUUCACGAAGAAGACUUGAAGAUGAGCCCCAUGAGAUCACGCUCAACUACCGCCCUCGGAAGUAGAGGUUACAAAAUCACAGUUCUUGGUGGUGGUAGUGGUGGUAUCUCACCAGAAGAUCCAAAACUCUACCGACAGCCAAGUUUGGCAAGCAGUGGACCGAUGUCAAGACUGGAGCACAGCAUCACAGAAAAUGACAGUGGGAGCGAAGACAACAUGAUGGUCCCAAUGCCCUUUUCUUUUCAAGGAAGGCAACGAGCAUACUUGGUACGAGAGUGGGAAAGAGAACGAGAAAGUCCUCGAGCUGAGCGACCGAAUAAACGACCAAAAGGCAUACUCAGAACCACAGAGGUGAUGGUUUCAAGAUGA